GUCACCAUGGAAACUGCAACGGUGCAGCAAGAUGGCGGCGCAGAGUUGGCUCGAGAGUCUGAGGGCGGCGAGAAAAACGGCGGUGGUUCAGGACGGCAAGAGAAAAGUACAUUAUCUCUUUCCAGAUGGCAGUGAAAUGGUAGAAGAGUAUGGAAUCUCCAAUGAUCAACUCUUAGUCAGAAAGUGGAGGCGGCAGAGUCAAUUGGGAUCCCAGGGACAAUGGCAGGUUGAGGUUGGGGAAACAUCAUCUGGAACAUUCGGAAGCUUAGAACAGCAGCUGAUACAGGAGAAUAGCAGCAAUCCUAUUUUCACAAGGAAAGACACCAAGACAAGCUUCCAGUGGAGAAUCCGAAAUCUGCCAUACCCCAGAAAAGUCUACAGUGCCACAAUUGACCCAGAGCAGAGAUGUUGCAUUGUGAGAACAUCAAACAAAAAGUAUUAUAAGAGAUUUAACAUUCCAGACAUGGAUCGGUGUGGAUUGCCCUUGGAUGGUUCAGCUCUUAGUUUCACACAUGCUAACAAUACCCUCAUCAUCACAUACCAAAAGCCGAGAGAAAUUUUGCAGCUGGAACAGGAAGUUCUGCGGGAGCUGAAGAACGUGAAAGUGGCUGAAGAUGGAGAUGUCGAAUGUAAAACGCAGUGAACCUGAACACUGUCUAAAAUACUCUAAAUCAAUGCUGCAAAGCCGAAAUCCUACUUUAGUAGAUGCUAGUGAUGGCGAAAAUAGGCUGUCUCAAGGAUUUGAAUGCCUUUGUGGCAUUUAUGCUGCUAACUGUGAAGCCCUGUGGCCCAAAUUUCAGUAUAUUGGAUGAUGUAUUGUCGUGAGUGGGGUUGAAAUUAAGUCACAAAUGAAAUGGGAAAAGCAGAAUGUUACUGGUUUUGGAGAGGUGUAAAGUUCAGUCAUGAAAUAUACAGUUUACAUUUAAUCUGCAAAGUGUGAUCUCUUAACCCUGAGAGGAACUCUCUCUACUGAUUUCUCUCUCCUGGGAGCCCCUGGUUGCCUAACUGUGGAAGAGGGAUGUAGAGUUAGCAGAGAACAAUAAACACUGUCCUCCGAAUUUUCCUCUAACCAUUUAAUGUCUUGGCUGCUUUUAACUGAACAAUUAUUCACUUUUUCCCCAAGUUUCAGAAUAUGUGUGUGUGGGUUGGUGGAACAGGCCUGACUGUCUGAAAGGGCUUGGUUGGCACACACUAUCUUGUAUAACACGGGGAAGAAAAUAAGACAUUAAUCCUCCUGUUAAUGAUCAAGUUGCAUAACUCCUCUAAUUCCAGUACAUCCAGUAACUAAAGGAUUUAAUUUUAUACAUUGGAGAUUCACCCUGUGAUGAUGCAGUUAGGUCAGUUUUUGAUUUUUGCCUUUGCACAUUUAUGUAAAUGGUUGCAGAUGUUUCUUCUAAGAACAAUAGGAUCUAGGAGCAGAAAUUAGCUAUUUGGCCCAACAGGUCUGCUCCAACAUUUGAUCACGGCUGAUAUGUUUCUCAAUACUAUUCUGCCUUCUCCCCGUAACCCUUGAUCCACUUCAUCCUAAACUCCAUUGAGUACAGAACCAGAGUCCUCAUAUGAAAAGCCCUUUAUGCCUAGGAUCAUCCUACAAACCUCCUCUCCAAGCCUUGCACAUUCUUCCUUAAAUUCUGGCAUUCAAAAUUGCUCACAAUAUUCUAAUUUUUUUUUUAAAAACAGCCUCACUACAUCCUUGCUCUUGUAUUCUUUCCCUCAAAAUGAAUGCCGACAUUGCAUUUCCCUUCCUAACUACCAGCUCUACCUGCAUGCUAACCUUAAGAGAAUCCUGGAUUAGAACACCUAAGUCCCUUUGUGCUUCAGAUUUCUGAAAUCUUUCACUGUUUAGAAAAUAGUCUACACAUCUAUUUUUCCUACCAAAGUUCAUAAUCUCACUUUCUUAGCUGUCCCAGUCUUGUCAAACUGGGUGAUCUUUCAACUUAUCAGUCUCAGUGAGGUUAUAACUGAUCUUAGCCCCAACUCCCAUUGACAACACAAUAUAGGAUAAAAUGUAGGAUUUAAAGUGACGCACACAUUUUACUGCGUUCUGAAUUAAAAUCUUUAAAAGUCACAUUUUUGCUCAAACUGAAAGUGAUGUGCACAAGGUAAGGUUUUCCUCCGGUUCUAUCACUUCACAGAAAAUCAAACCUCCUGUUUUUCCAAACAGCAUCCAGUAGUUCAAGGUCUGACCCUCAAAUCACCCUGGCAAUUAAUUCCAGCUGUUUAUUAACACAACACUUAAGUUCUAGGCUUACUUUUUAUAACCCAGGUCCUUUGCCCUCAUCCUACUAUUUCUAAAGUGUUGUUCUGCAUUUCAACCUGGGAUAUAGUUUUGAAUCAAGAUUUCACUGAUUUCCAUUUUGUUACCUGGUGCACAAGUCUGAAAUAAGUGUCCAGAAUUAAUGUGAGCUGCCUACAUCUGCCAGUGAGUCCUUGGCCAUAGCUGUGGUCCUCUGCCAUCGACUCCAGAAAGCGCAAAUAAUUCAGUAACACUGAUGUAAGUGGUUUAAAGAAAGGCUGAACUGAAUAAUUAACCAUUGUUGGGGGCAGUGCAGAGAGAACUUUUAGUUCAAAAGAUUUUAGGGAGCUUUACUCUUUAUCUGACCCAUUGCGACAUCUGACCAAGGAGUGCUUAAUGGGACAGCAUUGCUCUGUGGUAGGGUACAGGCAUUUACAGGGCAUUGGUACUUCAAUCAGGAAGCUGCUAUUAUUGUUUGAAGGGGCACGGGACCCAAAAUGUUAACUCUGACUUUUUCUUCACAGAUGCGGAGCUUUUCUAGCAACUGCUGUUCUAGAAGCUAUUAUUUACCUUAAGUCUUGCAGGGCUAAUUAGGAAUGAGCAAUAAAUGUUGGCCUGACACCCACAUGCUGAGCCAUGAAUUUUAAAAAAAGUCCAAGUCUUGUUCACAAGGAGCAAAUGGACAAAAAGAUAGGAGCAGGAAUCCAGGUGGAUUCUUCUUUCCAUCUUCUAUGAAGCAACAAUGAGUGACUCUCUGAGCUUCGAACGAAGUGGUGAAGCAAUGGCCUUAUCUGUCUGCUUAGAAACUUCUCCAGCCAGCAUCUUAACAGCGGAAAUUUCUUAAAGGCUAAUGGUCCGAUGUUCCUCCCUGAAAUGCCAGUGGUAAAAACUAAUAUUAAUGAUGAUCUUUCAGUUGGUGUUUGUGGGAUCUUGCUGUUUGGAAAGUUUGCCUUCAUAUCUGAAGCAUUGGAUCAUUGAGAGACAAGGUUAGUAUCCAGUUGAACAAAGAUUUUUGCUUUCAACCAUCACAACAUCACUACAACUACUUCAGGCAAGGUUAAUAAUAGGAAUCAGUUGACUUAUUACACAUUAACAGAUAAGUCGUAAAAUUUAUUGCAAAUAAAGGAAUCUUCCUCUAUUUAAAAACAAAAAUGCGAUUCUUUAAGGGAUUGCGGCAUUGGAUGUGAAUGAGUAAUUCCUGUCUCAAAGUAGCAACUGACAACAUGUCGACUUCUGAUGUGCAGUAUUGGGAUCCCUGGUAUUUGGUAUUCUCAUCCAUUUAUUUCCCGUGCUGUUGGUCACAGAUUGUAAAAUCCAACAUGUAAAGCGCAUGGGCCAAGACACUGUAGAGAUGUGAGGUAGUAAAUCGGAGGCAGUAAACAGGGCUGCUGCUGCUGGGGGAGGAGAGGAAAAAAACCUGGAGGAAAAGGAAACAAAGCAUUGAUUAGUUCCACAACCUGCCUUUGCUGUUAUUUGCACAGGAAACGCUGCAGUACACUAAAGCUAACGGACCGUUAGGACAAUCUCCUGUUUCAACCUUUAUGUUUGCUGCCCUCUGCUGGAAUACCAGAAUCUCAAUAACACUUCUCAAUCUCUUAUUUUUCACAGGAGACUGGAUAUUGAUCAACUAUAGUGAGUGCCUGAUUAACAGUGGCUAUAUUUUGUAUGAAGAGCAAAUUUCAGACAGGUGUUGAUGUAAUAGCAAUAUUUCAGCAAUACAUUAGCUUCAUUGGCUUAUUUGUAGGGCUCAACCAGAAAGAAGGACUGGGCAGAUUGAGCUAGAAAAGGUGACCUGUAAAGCGUUUUGAUGGUAGACAUGAAAAUAUUUUUACGUGCAAGCAAGUCCAAAACUAGGGGCCGUAAACAUCAGGUUUUUUUUUCAUGGGGUGUGGGUGUCACUGGUAUUGUUCGG